ACUCUGAUGAAUCGGAUUCAGGAGCUUCCAAUUUCUAUCGAUUAUCUACAAUGACCACAGCAACUCAACACCUUCAAAAAGAACAAUACAAAAAUAUCAUAGAAAAUUUGAAUGCAUUGGAAAAGGCGUUGGAAGAUUGUAUCUUUAAAAUUUAUAAAAUGGAACAAGAAAUUAGUUCGGUAAAGAAUAAUUCAGAAGAAGAAAUAAAGUCAUUGAAAAAUCAGUUACAAGAAGUUACAAAUGAUUUACGCCAAUCAAAAGAGGCGUUAGAAGCGGAAAAAAUCAAAAAUGACAAAAAUGAAAACGAAAUUAGUGAGUUGAAGGAGAAAGUUAAAUUAGUCCAAGAUUUAGAACAACAAAUUAAAGAUAUGGAACAAAGGCAAGGUGAAAAAGGAAUUGAUGAAAAGAAUUUUAAUGUAAAUUUAGAAUUGAAGCUGAAACAAACGACGAGAAAUUAUGAAGAAAUGAUUGAUCACUUGAAACAAUUAUUUAAUAUCUUGCCUGUUGUUGACUCGGAGAAUGAUCCUGAACAGGGUGGAUAUAAUAAUUUGAAUGACAAUAAGUUCGGGGUGAAUGAAUUUAUUAAUAGAGUACGUGCUGUCGGAGAAGAAAAUCGAAGGUUGCAUGAUCAAGCAUCAUUGCUUCAAUCUCGUUUGGAACGAAUACAUGGACAAAUGAUUGAAUUGAGAGAACAAGAAAAUAUUAAACAAGAAUUGGAAGAUACACGACAAGAACUUGAGGAAACCAAGGAAAAAUUAUCAUACCUUGAAGAAAAAGCGCAAACCGCCAAAUCCCAAGUUCAAUCAACUAAUGAAAGAGAAAAUGAAAUGCGUAAUGAACUGAAGACAUUACGUGAACAAUUAAAGACGAAUCAAGAGAAAAUACGUAAAUUUGAAGCUAUUAUGAAAAGGCAAUCCGUGUUACAGGUUGUUAAUGAUGGGACUACUAUCAAAGAAGAAUUUCAACAACAACUAGCCACUCAAGAACAAGAAUACGAAGCUCAAUUGAAAGAGAGAGAUGUGGUCAUUACAAAGCUUCGUAAUGAUUUAACGAAUACUGUAUCAGAGAAAGAUAUGAUAUCACAAACCGUUAGAGAUUUGGAGGGAAUGUUGAAAUCUAAGUCCAGAACAUUGGAUCAAAGGGAAGUUAGUAUAAAUCGAUUGGAGAGUGAUAUUGUGAAAUAUAAAUCAGAACUUGCAGAAUUGAAAGCUGUAACUGACGAUGGAAGUUCAGGUGGAAAUAAUCCGAAUAGUCUUAAAGCAGAACUUGAAGCAGCACAUGAAGAAUUAAAACAUUUACGGAAUGUCAAAGAAAAACUUGAGGCACAAUUAAAACAGACAAAGAAUACUUUAGAAAAAGCACAAAUGGCAUUUUCCGAAAGAGAAGAAGCUUUAGAAAAACGUUCAGAAAUAAUGCAAGCGGAAUUGGAUGGGAUAUUGAAAGAAUUCGAUCGAUUGACGAGAAAUUUCCUUGAUUUUGAUGGUGAAAGGCAAAAAUUGGAGAAUUCUCUUGAUAAAUUACAAAAGAAAUGUGAGAAUCUAGAGAAUGAAUUGGCAGAUGAAAAAAUCAAAAAUUUGGGUAUGGAAGCCGGUAAUGAACCCACUACGACCGCUACAUUAAGGAAAGAAUUUAGAAAAAUGAUGGCUGAAUCCAAAGAUGAACAACAAAAAGCGUUACAUCGCGAAAUGGAAGAAAAGAAAAAAUUGGAAAACGCUGUUAGAAAUUUGAAAAGAGAAAGGGAAGCUGAAAAAUGGGAAAAAACAAAUAAGGGUACUCAAACUAGAUUUGUUGUUAGCGUAUAA